AUCCAGAGCAGACUGGCUGCUGAGUAGGCUAAUAGGCCUAUAUCAUACGUUUAUUAAGGUUGGAUUUAUUGCAAUAAGCCUACGCGUUAAACACGACAUAGGCUACCGCAGGCUACAAACGUAUUUUUUUCAUUUUAAAUAGGCCUGUGUCCAGAUAAGUUUCCGCAACAAUUAACCACGUCUCCUGUCAGCAGUAUUCGAAUUUUAUAGAUCUCCAUCCAUUGCCUACCUCUCGGAAAACAAGUUGUGUUAGUUUGCCAGCUAAUUAUUUCUAGAGAAGUGUGAAAAGAAGACGCUUCUAACCACACAUUGCUACGUGCGACCGAGAGGCAGCGAAAGGGAGGAUCCGGCGUGUCUCUGGUGGUAGCCUAUCUCAGUUUUCCCACCCUCAUCUGUGUGUAGGACUGCCAACCCGUACAGAGUGCAGACAUCCCAGGAAUGCGUUGAACAUGGCUGCCGGGAUGAAAGCGCAGAAAAGUGGACUGCUGGAGCUCCGAGUCUCCGCGGAUCGCUGGGUCCGUAUGCUGGCUUGUCUCACCGAGGAAACCUUGACGGUCAGCCCCAGCGACAGCUCAUCGGAAGCCGUUAAACCAAACCAGAGUCCGAGUCCUGCCGGAGCAGUGAACGGGGACCCUUCCAACCUCGGAUCUAGUUCUCCGGUCCCAGAAUCUAUAACAAACGUCAAGCGCACUGUGCGAGUUACUAAGCAAGACGUUGGAGGACUCGGAAUUAGCAUUAAAGGAGGGAAGGAAAACAAGAUGCCCAUUCUCAUCUCCAAGAUUUUCAAGGGGCUGGCGGCCGACCAGACGGGGGCGCUAUACGUGGGGGACGCCAUCCUCUCGGUCAACGGCUACAACCUCCGCGAGGCCACGCACGACGAAGCCGUCCAGGCCCUGAAGAAGACCGGCAAGGAGGUCACCCUCGAAGUGAAGUACAUCAAGGAGAUGUCGGCCUAUUUUCGGAACGCCUCCACCGGAACGCCCUCCCCAUGGGACUCCCCGCCCGCGUCCCCCCACAAACAGGGCGGGGCCAACUCCAUGGCAGAGGGCAAGUCCAUCCCUCUGAAAAUGUGCCAGGUCGCCAGGAAGCCCUGCCCACCCGACGGAGAGCACAGGUACCUUGAGGUUGUGACCGCAGACAGAAAGUCGUCUCUCUUCCUGAGGGCAAAGGACCCGGCCGUGGCACAGUCGUGGUUCAAUGCCAUCCAGGCGGGCACCAACGCGCUCCUGCCCAGAGUGAAGGAGGAGCUGAGAGGCAUGCAGGGCGGCAAAGAGGUCAAGCACAUUGGCUGGCUGACCGAUCAGGCUUUGCAGGGCUCAGAGAAGCAUGUUUUGGCACUGCUGACAGAGAGAGACCUGUUGCUCUACCACACCCUACCUGAGAACGAGGAGGCACUCAAAACGCCAUACCACACCUACCCACUCAUCACCACCAGGCUGGUGCACUCCGGGCCGGGUAAGAGCUCCCCCGUGCUGGACUCGGAGCUCUGCUUCGCCCUGCGCAGCGGGACCAGGCAGGGGGUGGAGACCCACGUGUUCCAGGUGGACUCCAGCAAGGAGCUGAGCGCCUGGACGCGCAUGCUGGUGGACGGCUGCCACGGAGCGGCCGAGCUCAUCCAGGAGGUGACCACAGCCUGUAGGUGGAACGGUAAGGACUGCACUCUGGGGGUGCACAUCGACGACGGCUUCACGCUCUUCACCGAGGACGGCGGCGCCCGGCGGACGGUGCUGCUGCGGCAGCCCUUCGAGAAGCUGCGCAUGUCGUCCGACGACGGCGUGCGCAUGAUGCUCCUGGACUUCGGCGGGCCGGAGGCCGAGAUCCAACUGGACCUUCACUCCUGCCCCAAGACCAUCGUCUUCAUCAUCCACUCUUUCCUGUCCGCCAAGGUCAAGCGCCUCGGCCUGUUGGCGUGACGACAGCAGCGCCACACCCCCCCCCGGAGCCGCGAGGGACGCGAGUGGCCGACGGUGGAUCCUGGAUUUAGUCGGGAGGGGGGCGGGGCUUCGCUUUAAAAAACCAAACCGAGCCGUGGUGCGCUGUAACUUUCCCACAAUCCUCUCUGCUACUGUCAGUGUCACAUGACAGGUACCACAAUGCUGCAAAUGACCAUCUGUGCUCUCUGUGCUGGGCGGCCAAACCUAAUUCUUUAAGGAGGGGGGGAAGAGGGUCAGGAUUUAUGUUAAUUUUUUUUUCAAUCGAAUCAGUUUCCCUGGCUGAACUGGGGGGGUUUCUGAGCUCAGUUAUUCACCUAACUCAGUAAUCCUGCUUUGUGAAACAGGACCCUGUCACAAAAGCAUCUCAAUUUAUUUAACCCAAGUCCAACAAAUCCUAACCAUGGCAAUCACAGAUAAUGGGUAUAAACUAGCUCUGCCAACACAGGCUUUCCCAUUCAAGCUGUCUGCACAUUCGCAUAAAAGGGCGGUGUUUGUAGCAAUGAGCCAAUCCCACAGAAUCAUGGAGAGAGCAAGAGUGAAGUAUUUAUUGCCUUACGUAAGCAAUAUUUUUUUAGCAGGAAGAGUUUGGUAGGUUAGUGAAUAGUUCGUAAGCAUGUUGGGGGAGGGAGGUUAAGAAUUGAGACUUUAACUUUGUCAGAUCCUUUAGCCUACGCGUUUUUGAGUGAUGAAAUCCUCAAUAUAGGUGCUGAUAGUAUUUUUAUAAGUCCGUCUGAUUUGUUUUUAUUAUCAUUCAAAAUAAGCUGGAGCAAGGUUAGGCUUAUUCAUGAACCUUCUGAGCUCAUUUUAAGAAAAAAAUGCUAGAUGUUCAUAAAGCCUGUUUCCCAAUCUGUGCACCGACGUCAAAGGGUGUGGAGGACUGCCUGGUCAAAUGUCAAAUUAAAAUGCAGUUGCAUUUCGUUUUUAUUCAACAACUGCAAAAGGGAGAACUACAAUGGAAUUUCACCCUGAGAAGUCGGUCAGCCUUCAAACGCGCAUAACAAGACGACCAAAUGUAUCAUGUUCUUUUCAUCAUCAAUCAUGCAGUUGCAAGAAGACGACGGUAUUUCAGACAUACAGAUUUGAUGGUGUCCAUUUGCAUUUUAAUCCUGACAGGGUCGUGAGGUGUAGGCUAUGUAAAAUGUCUCUCUAACUGCAGGUUUAUGCAUAAGUUAGCUGGUGAAGUCACACACACACAAGCAGCAGAAAUGAACACGAGGUUCUUGUUGAUGAAUGAGCCAUCAUUGCGAGAAGAGCAUUUAGAAGGAAACAAUGUUUUUAGAGACUGACACAAUCCUUUUAAGGUACGAUUAUCUUCACGAGCGCCACUGAUUUAGUGAGGGAGUUAUUUACCUUCAGCCAUUAAUAAGAGUGCACGUUGCCAACUCAGCGAAGCGAGCCCUGAUACAGACACUGUGUUGAGCUCCACUUUCUCGCUCCGGUAAAUUUUUAUAUGCUGUUUGCAACGCUGAAAAUAUAGGCCUAAUAAUUUGUUAAUUUGUUUCAUACAUAAAAUGCAACGCACAGUACUUCCACAUUUUAGAACAAGAAUGAGAGCAAAAUAAAACCAACCAACAGGAUGGAAGAUUACACAAUAAAUACAGUUGUAAAAUGAGGAAAUUAGCACAAGGCAGAGACAAACUUUUAGGAAAUAAAAUGAGAAAUGGACUAUCAUAAAAGCCAAUAAAUUAAAAUAUGAGCAAAGCCAUAGUAUAAGCCCUGUUGUCCCUGGCUUUGUUGGCAGCGGCAGUGGUACUUUUUGACUUUAUGAUUGUUUUUUGUUCUUUGUAUUCAUCCUAUAGGCUGUCCAUAUCAGUCUUUUUUUUCCUCAGGUGAGAAACGUGCUGCUCGAGUACAGUCCAAGCUGUUCUGCCAUAGGCUCAUUUUUGUGAACACCGCUACUUUUAUGGGAAAGCGCACAGAGUUUGAGUGACCCGCGAAAGCCCGCGUUCACUUAGCAAGUUGACAACCACCUUUGUCAUACUGAUUAAGCCAAAUUGCGGUUGUUAGGUUUUGUGUAGCCAGCUAAUGCAAAGAAACCCUGGGUAUGUUAAUCUUGCUUUGUAGUAUAUCCCCCUGGGCAAGAUUACCAUUGGUAAUUUACCAAGUUAGCUGGAUAACUGCAAUGAGUAAAACCCGGAACAGCUCUUUUUAGUUCAGUCCAUGUUCCAGCUUAUAGUCAUUGCAGCUACAGGAACUCAAUAAUCCUGCUUUGUGAAACAGGGCCCAGGUCUGACAGGUUAACUGGAUGCAUACGUUUACACUGGUGCAUCUCCCAUAAUGCACUGCUGUAAAUCAUUUGCGCAAGCAGAACACCUGCGCAAACAUACACUGAGGCAUAAUGAAGUAUAUUACCAUGGAAAGGGAAGACUAAUUUAGAAGGCAUUCAAGUAAAAACUAACAGCAUAGGUAUUGAGUUUGUUUGUCAGUUUACAGUCUUGCUGUUUUGUGCCCCAAUUAACUGAUCCAAGAUCAGCCUACUCUGCUUUUGUUGGCCUAACUUAACAACUUGCUUGAAAAACAGCUGAAGCUGAUCAGCCUGUGAGGAGGGAGUCUGCCCUUUUUUAAGCUCUGCACGUUAAACUGUCCCCUUUUCCAGUCAGAGCAGCAACACUAAUUCCCUUUGCAUUCAGAAAGCCUCGCGUUCAUUAGAACCAGUUUGACAGAUGGUUCGAAAGCAUGAUUGGCUUCCCCGUGGCCAGUUUUGCCAUCGUAGGCCCUUCUGAUGCACACAUUUACACACAUACAGCUCUCUGUCCACCAAACACAUUUACACACAUACAGCUCUCUGUCAAACACAUUUACACACAUACAGCUCUCUGUCAAACACAUUUACACACAUACAGCUCUCUGUCAAACACAUUUACACACAUACAGCUCUCUGUCAAACACAUUUACACACAUACAGCUCUCUGUCACCAAACACUUUACACACAUACAGCUCUCUGUCAAACACAUUUACACACAUACAGCUCUCUGUCAAACACAUUUACACACAUACAGCUCUCUGUCAAACACAUUUACACACAUACAGCUCUCUGUCAAACACAUUUACACACAUACAGCUCUCUGUCAAACACAUUUACACACAUACAGCUCUCUGUCAAACACAUUUACACACAUACAGCUCUCUGUCAAACACAUUUACACACAUACAGCUCUCUGUAAAACACAUUUAUACACAUACAGCUCUCUGUCAAACACAUUUACACACAUACAGCUCUCUGUCAAACACAUUUACACACAUACAGCUCUCUGUCAGACACAUUUACACACAUACAGCUCUCUGUCCACCAAACACAUUUACACACAUACAGCUCUCUGUCAAACACAUUUACACACAUACAGCUCUCUGUCAGACACAUUUACACACAUACAGCUCUCUGUCAAACACAUUUACACACAUACAGCUCUCUGUCAGACACAUUUACACACAUACAGCUCUCUGUCCACCGAACACAUUUACAGGUGUGUUUAUCUCAUUAAAGAGCCUCCAUGUAUUUUAAACAGGAGACAUUUUUCUGCAUCAUAACUUCUUUGUUUUAUUUUCCAUAGUUAAUUAUUCACAGUCAAAGGGAUAUUGUAAACAUGUCAACAAGUCAUUCAUGCACAUGAUCGGCCCUUUAAGCUUUGAACAUUAUUUUAUAAGGGUUUUUAAGUUUUUUUUCACAAUGCACUAAUACAUGCUUGAUUUGUCAUACAUUUUGCAGAAUAUACUUGAUACUGACUGUAGGAGUAAUCAGAAGAAAUACUGAUAAACCGCACUGCUUGAUUGGCAAUACUUAGUGUAUUGUAUGCAAGAAAUGGAUAUUUGGAAAAGACAGUGCCCUCUAGUGGCAUGUUAUAUUCUCCAUGAACAACUUCCACCAAAUGUGGGUCACACUUUUGAUGUGAACCACAGCAGAUUUUUUUCACAUAUCCAAUGCAGUUCUGAUUUGGGCCACAUCCGUAUGUGAUCCUAAAUUGGAAACGCAUCCAGAAUACCUGGCCAUGCAAUUCUGGACGAUCAGUUUUGCCUUUUCAAGUGCCAUUGCUCACCAUACAUCGGAUAGUAGACUUGUGUCAGAAAUAAGAAAUGACUUGCCUAAACACACAAUUCCGAUCUGGCCGCUUUAAAAUUAUUGCGUGGACAGGCACCCAGAAUAAUGGGAGUUGAGAACUGAAUGCAGUUUUAGCACCGAAUUGCAUUAAAGCCAAAAACAGGCCAAGAUUUUAACUUGCGCUUGGAGUCUGCUUCGUGCUACACUUUCAGGAGGCUGGCGUUUGAAGCAUCCAAACGACUAUCCUUUCUUGUUUGAUUUUUGAAAAUGUUACAAGGGCUGUAGUGAGAUGCUUAGGCUCUGCGUUCUGUUUAAACAUUUAAAUAGUUCCUGUCUCAUUGAGUCUUUUUUUCCCCCCCUCCCGUAAAAAACCCGUAUGGAAAUAACCGCAGCCUCGAGCUAACAGCCGGGAGAUGGAGGUGCCACCCAGUAUAUCUCAGUAAAGUUUGCCUCGGAACCACCGUACGUUACAAGGUUUUUCUACACAGUGUUAAAACAGAGCUAUAUGAAUAUAUAUUUUAAAAAAAGAUCUGUCAUUGUACAUUCUAAUUUAAGACAACGUGUGCCUUGGAAGGUUGAUUGUACAUAAACGUGUAAUAAACUUUGAUUUGUUAACCUUUA